AUGGGUUCCCAGCCGAACCCGACCUUUGCGGUUGGGGAUCAUGAGGCUUUCAUGGAGUUCGCUCUCACUCAGGCACAAAAAUCACCGCCAGCUGCCAACAAAUUCUGCGUCGGAGCCGUACUUGUCGACGCGGCUAAAGGCAAGGGUACUCGCUUGAAUACCCGCAAGACUACAAGGGAGAUCCAGGCACCACGCCAGUGUUGUUUUAUCAAGAUCGCCGACGAGCACAAAAUCCCCGAGGAACGUAUCCAUGAGGUCCUUCCGGCCAACACGGCGCUGUACACAACCAUGGAGCCGUGCAACGAGAGACUCAGCGGCAACGUGACCUGCGCGACAAGGAUCUUGAGACUUAAGAGCGCUAUCAAGACUGUCUACGUGGGAAUCAAGGAACCCGGGACGUUUAUCGCGCACAAUAAUGGACAGGAAAGGUUGGAGGCAAAUGAUGUCAAGGUUGUGUUUCCUGUGGAACAUUGGCGUGACAGAAUUACCAAGGUCUCAAUGACUGGGCACUGA